CCUUUGAUGCAAUAAAAUUGCAAUCCCAAUAGUAAAGUAUUAUAUUAUUAGCGUUUAUAAGUUAAGUACGAAAUGAAGCAAAAGUAAUAUCGCUUCAUGUUGAAAAUCUCUCAAGAAAAUGGCAUUUGACUAGUCUCAACUUUACGUACUAGGAAACAUACAUAUUUUGUUAACCACUGAGAUAGAGGUUAGGGUUACAGCCACGAUACACGAUCACGAUGGCUGUAGAGUUUUUAGUAAACCGCUUAAAAGCUCUUGUCGUACUUUUACUGGGCAUAUUUAAGCGUGCAAUGUGCUGCCUUCGGCGUCGACGUAGAUCGUCUUGCGAUUCCAUUCCUCUCUCUACAGUUGGUGUCGUACCAAACAAUACAACAGAAUCAGAGCAGUGGGAUCAAUGGGAGGAAAAUCCUGUUGUGGUUGUACCAGAUAGGCCAGUUAAUACGAUACAAGCUAAAAUCGAACAAUACAGACAGCAAGCAUCUAAAUCAUCCGAACCAACAGAGGAGCAGCUACCAAACUUUUUUGAAGAUAUGACACCAAAGAUUACUAAGCAAACAAAAAUUCUGGUUAAAGAUAAAGCAUCAGAGAAUGCAUCACGGAAUUUUUCAAAGUUUGCUGUAGCCAGUGAUCCUAUUCCAUCUAAUGAACUCGGCGAGUGGGAAGAAAAUACUGUCGGUUGGGAAGAAGAAACAUCAAAAGAAUUCGGAGAUACCGCAAAAACAUUGAGAGAACAGAAGCGAAGAGAACGAGAGCAACGGUUGUUCGACCAGCAACAAAAGAGGAUCGAACGAAAUUUAAGACCACAGCCAUUAGGAGCAAAACUGAAUUCUUGAUGAGAAAGAAUACACUCGCAGAGUUUUUUUUAUUGAAAAUAAUAAUUCUUUCCAACUAAUGGCAUCCGUGCACAAAAAAGAUUUUUCUUAAGUUUGCUUGGAACGUCAUUUAGAGCUAAAAAAUCAAAGCGAAUUACAAUUUCCAUUGUCGGUAAUUGUUACGUGCUCCUACAAAAAUUCGUUCGAUUGCAUUGUACAUAGAUAAUCGUACCGAUAUUUCGAUAUGUUUAUCGAUCAUUAAUACACUGCAUACAACGCAUUUAAUUUAUAACUUUGGUUUAACCGAAAAGCAUUAAGCGGCAUUUUAUGCUGUGAGAAGAAAUGAGAUUUUUACCAUUAACGAACAUUGUACUACAUCAUUAUAAUAUAAACAAAACGGACUGACUUAUUUACAAAACGUACGUAAAGUCUUUAAAUGAACUUGAUUGUAAGAAAGAUUGAAACACUUAUUUUGGCCGUUUAAACUUUUUAUUUUAUAGUUACGAUAUUUUCAAUGCUUACAAACAUUCCAUGUAAAUAAUCUUGUAGUGGUAUUUUAAACUUGUAUUUCAUCUGUGAUCGAACCGGAUUAUUUUUUUAUUUCGAUGAAUCGUUCGACUAGUAAUUUUUACUAGAUAGGUACACAAUAAAUCGUGUUACUAAAUA